AUAGUGAAGCGGGGUUGUUGUACAGUGGGAAAUUGACCCAAGAAAUUGCGAUGAGGAUUAUAUGGAAAAGGGGUUUCAUUCGGUUGAUUCUUACGGGCGGGAUCAUCUGGAUGUUGUUAAUUCUCACUGUUCUGUUGUUUCAUAUAUGGUCUUGCCAAUCUUCUGUUGCCUUCUUUUCAG